CGUCGGUCGCCGAGGCCGACGCUGCCUGCAGGUCCGGCGACGCUCGGAUGGUGCGCCGCGGGGCGGGGCCGAGCCCGGCGUGGGAGACGCAGGCGAACGCACCGGGUGGACUGCUGCGCCGGACGGGGCCGGCCGGCCACCGCUCUGGUGUCGGCUCGAGGUUGGCGGUGCUGGCGGGCUCACCCGAGCGGCGCCCGCGCUGAAGAGCUCGCCGGCUGACGUCGCACAACGGAGCGGCACGCGACAAUGCACGCCAUCGGUGUGCUGGUAUUCUGCACGUGCCUGUUUCUGGCGCCUGCCGCCGUCAGCCUGUGGGAGACGGACAGCCUACGGGUACGCCUGCGCCUGCCGCCGCUGGUGCAGCAGGGCGAGGCAGUGAACGUGACGUGCGAGUACCGCCUGCCGCCGUCUGCCCAGCUCUACUCGGUCCAGUGGUACAAGGAGGGCGAGGAGUUCUACCGCUACAUGCCCGGCACUAAGCAGCGCAAGCAGACGUUCGUCGUCGCCGGCAUGGACGUGGAUGUAGCAGCCUCGGAUGCUCACACGGUACGGCUUCGCUCCGUAUAUCUGGCGACCUCAGGCCAGUUUCGCUGUGAGGUCUCGCUGGAGGCGCCGUCCUUCGACACCUACUACGACUACGGAGAUAUGAUCGUGGUCGUGCGGCCACGGCUGGGGCCGCAGCUCCACGGCCUGCGGCCCAGCUACCAGGUGGGGGAGCGCCUGCGGCUCAACUGCACCCUGGCCGGCUCCAAACCAGCCGCAGCGCUCAACUGGUACAUCAACGACGAGAAGGUACCGCCGGCACACCUGGUCGAGCACGCGCCGGUGCGGGGCAGUGACGGCCUGGAGACAGUGACGCUCGGCCUGGACGCGCCCGUCACCAGCCAGCACGUGCACGGCGGCCAGGUCAAGGUCAACUGCACGGCCGCCGUGGCCAGCGCGUACUGGGAGAGCCGGAUCGCUGCCGUGCCCGUGGAGGCGGCGCAGAAACUGUCGCUGCUAGAGAGCAGGGACCUGCUAAACGGCGUUGCAGGUGCGCUACCAGUGACGUCAUCGCCGCUGGGCGUCACGUCAGCGCUCGUCGGGCUCUGCCUGAUCGCGAGGUGAGACUUCUACCAGCCGUGAGCGUCUCCCAGUGAGUGGGAUCGUGUGUCGGACACGCGGGCCGGCCGCCGGACGCCGCCCCACAGCGCGGUGACGUGACCCCAGCGUGACGUCAUCGCCACCAUCUCCGACCAGGCCGAGACGCGAUGUCGCGAGCUCAGCCCCAGCACCCGACGCGCUGGCCGGCGGGCCGGCGGCGAACGUCCCUGACGUGGCGACGGACGGCUGACCCCGGUCAUCUGAGCGCGUGCGGUGUCCCCCGAGACUCUCCGCGCGAGAGGGACGCGCGGGCGGCGGCAGGGUGACGUCUCUUCCGGCCUCGCUGCCGGGCGCUGUGCGUGACCUGCCUCCGGACGCUGACCAGCCGAGCAGAUCACACUGGAGUCUGCUGAGCAGUGGGAGAGAGCCCUGGACCCGGCUCCAGCGCACCGCUUCCGUGUCUAGUCGUGCGUGCUGUACCCGUCCUGACGCGCCGCCGAACGAGUGGCGCGUGGCGGCGGCGCGAGGCCCACUCUGGAUGGCUGCUGUUGUGACCCUGAUGAUGCGCUGUCUCUCGAUUAGAUUACGAGGCGCCGGUUAUGUCAAAAUAAAUUUCAAGCGUCUGCCC